AUGGUCAAAGAUUUUAUUGUAACUAUAAAGGGUGGAUUUUAUGCCAGUGGAUUAAACUUGUUGGAUAAAGCCAAGGUCACAUGCAACUUGCGAAGGGAGGUCAGCUUCGAGAAGAUAAGGUACUCAAAACUCGCAAAUAUAUUCGUUAAUGGAUAUAAAAAGCUAAAUUCACCCGGAAAAAGGAAAGUGAGGUUCCAAUGGGACCAAGUAAAGAAGACUAUCGAAAGACCAUUUGUGAAGAACAAUGUUUCAAUCUCAUCAUCAGAUGAUGAAAUACAAGAUAAUAAUGGAGAUUCAACGGACCAUUCAUCCACGGAACCUGAAGAAGAUGUGAAUAAAGUUGAACUCGAAGAUAAAGGAACUCCUUAUACCCUGGAGACCGCUACCAAGGAUAUCCAUGAACCGGAACCUAAAAGCAUAAUAAACAGCAUUUCACCAGAGAAACAAGAGCAGGUAGAUGACGAACUUCAACUUCCUCUGAUGAUAACUGAUAUACCAAGAUAUACACUCGAAAAUGAUAAGUUGGUAGUAGAUGAAAAGAAAAAUACAUCUGUAGAGAAUUGCCAAUCAGAAGAUGCCUCUGAGGUAAAUGAGGAAAUUAUUGUUUCAGAAGACAAAACUACAAUAGGAGUUGAAUUUUUGGGGGAAUGUCUAAAUGCUAAGCCGGAGCCUGCGGGAGGGCUCCAGAAAACAGCCCUUACAGUAAUCAGCCGGUCAUCGCUCGAAAAUUAUUCGAGUGACGAAACUAUCAUUAUUGAUGAUGAUAUCUCAGAGUGUAGUGAUAAUGGUGUGACAGCAAGCAGUUUCUAUUGCUACUACAUUCCCAUAAGGUUUAAGCCAAAGGGAUGCAUAAAGAGUGCAAAAUGA